AUGUCCGUCAACGGUGCUACCACUGGCAAGGCUCCCGCCCAGGAUGGGCCCGCCUUUGCCCGUUCAGAGCACGAGCACGGCCUCGUGAAGGUCCAGCCUGCCCGUCUGGCUGACCUGCAGCCCCGGUAUGCGGCGAAUAUCGAGCAUGAUGUGGAUAACCCAGACGCGCAUGGAUGGUAUGCGCACAUGAUACACUCCCUUGGACAAUGCAUCGGUUUCUGCGGUGCCGUUCCCUGCUGCAUCUGCUGCCCCAACCCCUUCAAGCCUGUCGACCAGGGUCAGGUCGGGCUCGUUACCCGAUUUGGACGCUUCGAGCGCUCGGUGGACCCCGGUCUGGUUAAGGUGAACCCGCUCAGCGAGCACUUGACGACCGUCGAUGUCAAGAUUCAGAUCGUCGAAGUUCCGCGUCAGGUCUGCAUGACCAAGGACAACGUUACCCUCAAUCUGACUUCCGUGAUCUACUACCAAGUCACCUCCCCCCACAAGGCCGCUUUCGGCAUCUCCAACGUAAGGCAGGCACUAGUGGAGCGCACCCAGACCACCCUGCGUCAUGUCAUCGGUGCCCGUGUCCUACAGGACGUGAUUGAGCGCCGCGAGGAGAUCGCGCAGUCUACAGCGGAGAUCAUCGAGGAGGUAGCUGCGGGCUGGGGCGUGCAGGUCGAGUCCAUGCUCAUCAAGGACAUCAUCUUUAGCAACGACUUGCAGGAUUCGCUCUCCAUGGCCGCCCAGUCCAAGCGGAUCGGUGAGAGCAAGGUUAUCGCCGCCCGCGCCGAAGUCGAGUCGGCCAAGUUGAUGCGCCAGGCAGCCGACAUCCUGUCCUCUGCCCCAGCCAUGCAGAUCCGCUACCUCGAGGCCAUGCAGGCGAUGGCCAAGACCGCCAACAGCAAGGUCAUCUUCCUGCCGGCCAUGAAUCAGACCGUGCAGCAGCAGCUUGCGGCCGCUGAUGGCGCCGGCGAGGGCCCAAGCUCGUACGGUGCCCAGGAUCGCAGCCAAAGCGAUGGCUUCCAGCGUGCGAUGAACGCUCGUGUCGUUGAGGACAUAUAA